AUGCAUGCAGCCUUGCAAAAUCUUGAAGUAAUACACACCGUGAGUUCACAUGCAGAACACGGAACCCUUCCUGCACUUGCAUCCACAUGUCAUGCAUUCCAGAGCCCAGCACUUGAUGUCCUUUGGAGGAAUUUACAGUCUGUGGAGCCGCUCGUCAAAUGUUUACCAACAGACCUGUUUGACACAGAUCGUGUAUGGAAUUUGCAGAAACCUUUUGACAACAAGAUGUGGGAUACUCUUUUCAAAUACACGUCCCGCGUACACUCCAUCACUGUAAAGCAAACAAGCCACCCCUCUGCGUUUAUUGGAUCCCUUAGUUUGAUAAUGCUGUCUUAUCCUUCAGCACGCGCAUCUCUGUUUCCAAACCUUUGUAAAUUAACAUGGCACGCUGGUGGAAGUCCCUUUGCUGCAGAGUUCUUGCGCAUGACUUUCGUACCAUCCCUGUUGGUCUUGAACUUGCGGUUUUCCUCAGCUUCCUUCAUUUUCCUCUCCGUCCUUUCCUCUCUUGGGACCCUGUGUCCUCACCUCCAGAGCAUGUCUUUGAAAUGUCGUCCUACAACGGAAGACUUGUCCAGUCCUUUUAUUGCACAACCUAUUUCCCAGCUCCACAAUCUCCGCACGUUGAAGCUAUGGGACCUAGGAAACAGAGGCAUAGAUCACAUCAUGCAGCUUCAAGCUCUGCGAACACUGCACUUGGACCUAAGGAUAUCGUCAGCUGGGGAGAGGAAAUCGUGUUUGUCAUUCCCCGGCUUUCAUAAUUUGCAUUAUUUGCGCCUUAGCUUUGGUGCAUUCAAGCGAGCCAUGGACUUCUUGAGUUCACUGGAAGUCAUCAGAAGCGAAGAAAUCGAGCUCGUCUUUGCGUCCCAGAUUGUGGAAUCCUCCGAAAGCAUAUCUACACCACUAUUCCAGUUCCUCGCCAUACUCCCAAAGAUAUGCGACAAUGAAAAACUUAAACGCCUCAGCCUGGUUGGAUCGAGGAAUAUACCCACGCAAUUAGCUGUCUUCAUGCCAUUGUGUGCAUUUCGCAAUUUGAUUGGGUUAGAAGUUGAGAAGAGCUGUUCCACGUCUAUUUCCGAUGAGGAGUUGUGCCAGCUGGUAAGAGCCUGGCCUAGGCUCCAAGCACUCAAAAUCAGCUGCUAUAUUGCAAUUGGUACCACCGCAGUGCCAACAUUCCAUGGGCUGCUAGGUUUGCUUCGGCUCUGCCCCUCUCUAACUUCGCUUGCUCUUGUCAUCGAUACCACGAAACUGGAAGGCAUCAAUCUCAGAAGCCCCGGCGGUGAAAACUUUAGCACGCGUCUCAAAGACCUCACCCUAGGCAAUUCAAUAAUAUCUUCCCCACUAAACGUAGCUCUCAUCCUCAGCGGUCUCUUCCCCUACCUUGAGCAGGUCAAUCUUGAUUGUUGGGAUACGGCUCCGAUGAAUUCGUCACGGUCAGUACUCCACAAGUAUUCCGAGAUGGAGAAAUGGGAGGCAGUUAAUAGCUUUCUUCAUGGUUUCAGCAUUGUAAGGAAACGUAUUGUACCUUCAUUUCAAGACGAUGGUUGA